CAUUUCGCUCUCACGGAUCUCUUUACGCGCCACUCUUUUUCCUCUUCUUCCUCUUUUUUUUCUCUCUCGACUCUUUCUCGGACACCAUUCACUCCUACUUACUCUUUUCGAUCGCCCACUUAUCCAUCUUACGACUUUCUUCUUCCCCUCUCUGACCACUACUUAACCUCUGUAUUCUCUCUCUUUCUCUCUCUCUCUCUCUCUCUCCCUUCCUUCCUUUCUUCCUUCCUUCCUUCCUUCCUUAUUUCAUAUACCACCAUGCCCAUCUCUAUUCUCCUCUCUGUCGUCUCGACGUGGGGCGACUAUUUCGUUUCAGUCGCUCCACCACCGGUGGCUCUCGCGGUAUUGCCCAUGCGUGUACACACACGCGAUGAAACGUGGCUCACGAGGAACGGAGUGUGCGUGUCCAAUGACGAAUGAGUGGCACUUAAGGAGAAGCAUCACCGGGUAGACUCGUGAUUGCGCGAGGCGAAUGUCGCGUUACCGUAUCUCGGCACAAAAUGCACAAGCCUGUCACGUGGAAAUUCGAUUCACAAGGAAUGUCUCGAUUCGUGUAAAAGUUAUCCGACGUGAAAAGAAUCGAAGAAAAAGUGAAUUUAAAUGAAAGGAAGUGCUUCGAGGAGUCGAUUCUUCAUUUAGAACGGAUUUCGAAAAAGUUAGAUUAUGUGAAAAUAAAGAAUUAUUGUGUAAUUAUCGAUCAUUUCUGUAUGUGAUUCUAUAAUUGAUUAAUCAUGCUUUGUUGCUUCGUAUUGCGCGUAAUUUUCUCGAUAUGAUGAUACAUUAAAAGUAGUGUGACGAUUCGUUGAAGGAUUCGUGAAAAAUACUAUAAUCUAAAAAGUGUGUUAAAUAUUUACGAGACAAAAAUUUAUUACAUUAAGAUUUUAACGUGAGAUUAUUUUAAAAAAUUCAAUCGCGUUACCGAUAUUCACGUGGCAGAUUUAUUGUUCUAGUAGUAGUGUUGAUUUUAAUUUAUUAUACUAGCUGCGAACGUCUUUUCGUUGAUCCAUUUCAGUGCCUGGUUUUCCAUGACGGAUUCUAACGUUAAAUAGCGCGCUUCGUGAUUGGUUGAGUGUUUCGUUGAAGAAGAAAAGAUAUGUCGGCCGAAUAUAACGUUGAUUGAAGAUACGAGAUGGAGCGUGCUUAUUCGGAGACGGUGGAUGCUCGGUGAAGUGCGAGAAUGAAUUUCUCGGCGUCAAUUUUCAACGAGACGGGUUGGAAAAAAACGAGGGAAAUGCAGCGGAGAAGAAAGGAACGCGUGACUUCGACACGAAUGCAAUAGACACCUUUUAUCGGUAACAGCGAGUCGACAACUGGUGACACGACGACUAGGAUUCAUCGCUCUACUCGAGCUGGCACGACUUUGAGGCUGGUAUCGCGAAAUGUACCGGAAACGAUGGACCGUGAAGACGCUACGAAUGGAUUUAUGGUAUGGCGGCAACGGGAGUGGCUGGUGCGCCAAGAUUCUGGCCAAAAUCAUCUGCAUUUUCUUCUUCUCGAUACUGUUGCACGACGAGGCUGUGCGUAGCACGCGUUUGAUCGAGGCUGAUAGCGAUCAUCUCCAAGAAUAUGCCACGCCGGAUCCGAAUCCUUACUUCGACAUUACGCGCGCAUCGAACGUGACGGGUCUCGUUGGAAAGACGAUUCAACUCGUUUGCAAAGUGAAGAAUCUUGGGAACAGAACUGUCUCGUGGGUUAGGCAUCGAGACAUUCACCUGCUGACAGUCGGUCGUUACACUUACACGAGCGAUCAACGCUUCGAGGCAAUGCACACACCGCACACAGAGGAGUGGACACUGAGGAUACGAUAUCCUCAGAAGAAGGAUUCCGGUAUUUACGAGUGCCAAAUAUCCACCACUCCUCCCAUUGGAUAUUCCGUGUAUCUCACCGUGGUCGAGCCGGUCACAGAGAUCGCCGGAGGGCCGGAUCUGUUCAUCAACAAGGACAGUACGAUAAACCUGACGUGCCUGGUCAGAUACGCUCCCGAGCCACCGUCCACGAUCGUUUGGAGCCACGAUCACGAAGCGAUUAACUUCGACUCACCGAGGGGCGGGAUCAGCUUGGUCACGGAGAAGGGACCCGUGACUUCCAGCCGUUUGCUAAUCCAGAAAGCGAUCGACAGAGACGCCGGUCUGUACACAUGCUCGCCAAGCAAUACCCACUCGAGCAGUGUGCACGUCCAUAUCGUCAAUGAGCAUCCAGCAGCGAUGCAUCACGGAAGUGGCGACAGAAUGGCUGCGACCCUACUUACCCUCAUCCUACUUCUUUUCAUGAUCAUUUAGCCAGCGUUCGGUUUUCAUGGAUAGUGAUUUUAACCGCGCAUUUCUGAAUCCGCUCAUCCGCUCUGAAAUUGAAUCAAUUUCUCUCGAUUAUUCUAUCUACGCUCACGUAUAUUAUAUUUAAUUUAAAAAAAGAGAAAAAGAAUUUUUUAUCCUUUUUUCACCUAGAAAAAAUACAAUUUGAUCUUGAAAGUCAGAAUAGAUUAUAUGACUUAAAAUAAAAAUAUGAGAUUAAAUUUUUCAAAUAAAAAAUAAUACGUCAAAGAGUUAAGAUUCAAACAAUCGAUGAACUUUUAAAUUUGAUUUCCUUCUGAAAAUCAAUUUUUUAAACGAAAAAAAUAUAUUCUACAUUUCUUGCUUAUUUUCAUAAUUAGAAUAAUCUUUCAUCCAGAGAAUUGAUUAAUUUCACUUUUGAAAAAUGUUCAAACUCGAUUUACUCGAAAACCGCGAAAGCCUUCGAAUCGAAUUUCCUUAUUCUUCAUUAUCGCCUUAAAUAGCUAUAAAAAAUCCCCCCCCCCCUUUCAUAGAUCCCAUCUCUCACAGAAUCGCCAUGACCAUCCAGUGUACAUACAUGCACACGUGUGUAAUUUCACGAUCGUAUCGUGAAGUAACGACGGAACGACUGGUAUCGACACUGGAUUUAAUUAAAUAAAAACACGUUGGAAACACGUUCGUCCUGUUGUGGUAACAACAAACUCGCUUCUUUCCACGUCAUCGAAAAGUUUCGCCCAUUUUAUACGUUUUAUCUCGAAGAGGAUAAGCGUCGAAGCGACUUGCCUCCCCGGCCAAACUUGUUACAUUUCUGUUCCUGUCACCGGGAAAUAGAAUCAACGCCACCCAGAACGAUGUAGAACGAGCGUAGAAUCUUCCGCGUCCCUUGCGGCUGUCUAAUGGAUUUACGAGAGAGGGAACGAAAUCCACGAUGUGAACGUGGAAUAUUAAUUUCACGGUGUGAUUCCGAAGAAUUGGAAUUAAUUUAGAACACGUUGCAUAUCAGAUAGAUUUGCAAGAAUUUUCCUAUUCAUUAAUGAUUAGGGAGAGGGGGGAAAAAAGAGGAAGAAGAAACGUAAUUAAUAGAAAUGAAAAUUAAGACGAAAGGACGUUGGAAUGUAAAUAUAUGCGUAUAUAUAGGUACGUAUAUAUUUUUGCCUUACUUCGAAGAACUUAUAAUUUUUUUACAUCAUUCUAGUCUCAUCCGUUUGCUUUAUUAAAAGCGGAACGUACGCGCUUGAAUUUUGUGCGACGAACAUUCACCAAGCACGAUUGAUUUCAAUUUUCAUCGUCGAUACGUACAAUCGUUAUGAUUUUCUGCUUUACCGGCAGAGAGAUUAGCACGAGAAAAAGAUGUAGGUUACGUCUUGGCUUGCAACAACUGCGGAAUUAUUUUCUUCGCAACGAGCAAAUUUAUCGAUACGCGGAGUUUGUUAUUGGUGUUUCGAGUACGCAGAUUUGUUCACGGAUGUAUAGUGCGAUAAAUAUUACGAAGGAAACAGUGGAUCGCGUCGAUUGCGCUCGCGUCGAGAGUUUUAUGUUGUUUCGAAAAUAAAAGAAGGUUAUGUCGUCAGCGUUAAGGAUCGAGUGCAACGAUGCGUUGUGCACGAGUUUAAGGAAGAAAUGUGUUACGGUGGAUUAAGGAAAGAAACGGCGGAACAGUUUAUCCGAAAGCUCGGUGGGGCUAUUCGUACUGAUUACCACUUAAUUCUCUCCUGUUUUUACGGAACCCUCUAAACCAUUGUGAUUACAGCCUAUUUCCGACCGGAGGGAAGUUACUGCCACUUUCCACGGAUACUUUUGCGCUGUCGACCGGGUAAAAGCAUGGUUAUAGAGCGAAUAAAGUGAAAUAUUCUGUCUAACCGAAGAAACGAAGUUUAAUUGUACGUUUGCGUUGGCGGGGAACUAGGUAACGCUUUUAAAGAAAAACCAACGAAUAAUUUUCACUAACUCUUUGGUAAAUCACGUCAAGUUUCUUUUUCGUAAAUAUCUUUUAUUUAUCAAGAAAAUUUUAUGGUGAAAAGUAAAUAAUAAAAAAUCGUGGAGGAAGAGAGAUGUAAUGUGAUUGAAUCAGUCAUAUUUAAUAAAGUUACUUUGAUAAUUUAUUGUUCGAAAUAUAAUAAUAAUAAUAAAAAGUGUCGAACAGCCGAGAUUAUACGAUAGAUAAAUGUUAUUCGAGCGUUUUAAUAAAUAAUUAUUUGAAAUUUUUCAUUUUUUCAACGGAUUAAUGCGAUUCAACUCUGCCUGAUUCUUUAGUUUUGUUCGUAAUUCAUAGUUUAGCGAUCCGCUGUUGCUUAAUUGUGUUUCGCAAAUUUUAAAAGUAAUUAUUCAAAUUACUAUAUCUUGUAUAAUAUUAAAAUAGUAAUCUUUCGUCAACAAUAUUGUAUUACCUAGUUCUUCACUACGAGAAAUAAAAUUUAAAUUUUGUUAUAUUAUAAUUUUAUUUUUUGUUUUAUUAAUCUGUUUAAGAAUGUAUAUUUUUCUUUGAGAGAAUGUAAAUAUAUCGUAUUGUAACCACCGUUACGUUCGUUCCAUGAACAAGAAACGCAUUUGUUUUAUCCAAGGGACCAUGAUUGUUGAAGAAAGGUAAAAGAAAAGAAAUACGGUCUAAUUGUUCUCAUCAACAGAUACGUAAAUAAAUAUAUAUUUAAUUUUUCGAAAUAAGCGAAUUGGAAGAAAGGAUACGUUUGUAUCUUUUGUCGGCAAACUCGUUCGCAUGAGAUGAAUAUUUCGUCUGAAUCACGGCACACGAAACUGCAUUUCACGUUACUCGCAUAUUGUAAUAACACCAUAGCUGUAAGCAUUUUUACGAAAGAGUGACGAGAGUAUAUCUUGAAUAUGUAUAAACGUAUAAUAAUCAUAAAAAAAAAGUACACGAUACUUGUAGUUUUGAAAAUUACAGAAACUAGCCAAUUAUUAUUAUAACUUCGUUUAAAAAAAAUUUUUUACAAAUGUACAUAAAGUUAAGGAUCUUGAACUUUAUUAUAUCGUUGUAGCAAUUUAUUAAAUUAAGGAUGAAAUUUGA